CAACUAUGAAUUGUCAUUUGUCAUUAUUGAAUACGUCAAAACUCGUAUGAAUUGGUUUCUUUUGUGUAGACUAUCUUGUGCGAUAAAUUAAUUAAAACGACAUUGUUAUUAGUACACAUCUCGGCGUCUGUGUUCCUGCAUUAACAGAGCGUUACAAUGCAGAGCGUGAUCAACACGGUGAAGGGCACGGCUCUCGGAGUCGCAGGCUAUCUUACACCGGUACUGAAGGAAUCGAAGUUUCACGAGACUGGCGUCCUGACUCCGGAGGAGUUCGUGGCGGCUGGAGAUCACCUGGUGCAUCACUGCCCGACCUGGCAGUGGGCCAAGGGUGAGGAGGCGAAGGUCAGGCCAUACCUGCCAGCUGACAAACAGUUCCUCAUCACCAGGAAUGUGCCUUGCUACAGGCGUGCAAGCAGGUAUAAGUACUGCGAGGACAAGGAGAAGGUAAUAGAGGAUGAACAUGAUGAGGAUGGUGGCUGGGUGGACACGCAUCAUUAUGAUAACGCUGGAUCUCCCACUGUUGAAGAAAAGGUAUGUGAAAUGACCCUGGAAGCAGCCGACACCGGCGACAGUGACGGUGAGGGCCCGGCUGGUGACCCUGAUGAUGAGGAGGAUGAUGAAGACGGCGAGGCCGAGGACAUGGAGCAGUUCCAGGAAUCAGGGCUGCUUGAUGAAGUGGAUCCGUCGACUGACCUGGCGCCGCGCAAGGACCCCAAGCCGAAGGUCGAGAAGAAGUCGAAGGUGGAGGGCGACGAGAUCAUCAAGACGCGCACGUACGACCUGCACAUCACGUACGACAAGUACUACCAGACGCCGCGGCUUUGGCUCAUCGGUUAUGACGAGAACCGCACCCUGCUGAGCGUGGAGGCAAUGUACGAGGACGUGUCGCAGGACCACGCCAAGAAGACCGUCACCAUGGAGUCGCACCCGCAUCUAUCCGGACCCAGCAUGGCGUCCGUACACCCCUGCCGACACGCGGAAGUGAUGAAGAAGAUAAUCGAGACAGUGACAGAGAGCGGCGGCGAGAUGGGCGUGCACUCGUAUCUCAUAGUGUUCCUGAAGUUCGUGCAGACCGUCAUCCCCACCAUCGAGUACGACUUCACGCAGAACUUCUCCAUCAACUAGUCAUCGCGCUUGGUGUAGCUUCAUUCGGCUUGUGACGCGGCGGGAGUAGCGAAUAUUAUACAGGCCUUAGGUGCCUGUUGAGUUCUUUGCCUGGUCCAAAAUUUGAUUAUGGUUUUUCGUUUGGGAGGUAGAAACACGUUUUAUCGAUUAUCGAUAUCAUUGGUAAAUAUCGAUUUUUUUGGAAUUUAUUCUACGUAUAAAUACGUAAAGUGUAAAUAUACAAAAAUAAAAGAAACCUCUCGAUUUCUCUGUCAAAGUUCGAUAUCGAAAUUCGAAUAAUAUUGAUCUCUCGCCGCGUUUAGCUUCAUACGAUAGUUUUAAACUCCAUCGUUUUUUAUAAUCCAUAUUAUCCGGUUUAACUCCAGCCUUUGCCAAACUUUUGCCCCAGACCACGUGUUCGCACAAACAUUUUGUAUCGAGUGAUAGAAGCUACUUCUAUUCCUUAAAAAAUAACAUUAGAAAAAAUCCGUCUUCUUGGUUUUCUGGUAUCGAAUUUAUAGUGACACCAGAAUGAUACAGAAUAGAACUGCAGUCGCGUUUAUAAAUCUUCAUAGAGGGUAUUCACCAAUAAGUCUUGCCUUUUGAGCCCAGAUAGUUUAUAGAAUGGUUGACGCACAUUAAUCGACUCUAUCUCUAUAGUUAAGUGUCGGCAAUUGGACUAUAUGGUAUAGCAUUACAGUUUACAAAUAGUUGAUAUAAUAUUUAAAUGCAGAAACAAUAUAUUAAUAUGUUUUCAUAUUCCUCGCUCUAAAAAUUGCAUAUCAUCAUCAUCAUCAGCCCGUUACAGUCCACUGUUGGACAUAGGCUCUCCUAGGGUACGUCACAGAGCCCGGUCUGCUGUUUUAUGCAUCCAGUCCCUGCCGGCCCUAUUGUGUGAGUUGUCCCGCCAUCUAGCCAGAGGACGUCGCACGCUACGUUUGCCAAUCGCGUAUACUAAAUAGAAAGAGAUAGAAGUACAACAUAUAUCAGUAUCCUUCAUGGCAGCUAAAACAUACUAGCUACGUGAUAUAACUCUGUUUUUCAUAAUAUCUUCAAGGCAAUACAUCGCCCGAGCGAUGAGUGUGCGUCAACCUUUACUAGUAAGUAGACUGACACUAUAUAUUGAUAUUACAUUUUUGUAUAAAUAUUUUUUGUCAGUUAAAAGUGUUGAAGUUUGUGUGAAUUGGAAUCGUCGCUUUUUAUUUAGAUUUUAUUGAUACUCCUGGAUUACUUCAAAUGUAAAAAAAAUACCUGUAGUUGAAAAUUACCGUCUUGAUUCUGAAAUCGUCUUUUACAAAUAUUAAAGAAAAAUCAAGCCAAAGCAGCCGCGUUUACGUGUAAAAAUUAUAUUGAAUGUAGACACUAAUUUUAGGUAAUGAAAAGUACAUCAAUUUGAAAUUGCAGUUCGAGGAAAUAACAAUAUUACUUGUUCUUUUUUUGUUUAACUCACAAACACACUAUACAGAAAUAAAAUUGAAAUAUUGAUAUUUACCUCCUUUUAAUCAGCAAAACUUUACGUACAGCCCAGUUAUUACUUUUGCUCUAAAUAAUGAUCCAUAACCAGUGAUAAGUAUUGGGUGCAGAUUCAUGUAUCGGCAUAUGUAGUCGUGCACAUUUUAAUUAAAAGCCUCUUAGCUUUAAUAAUGCAUUUUUAUUCACUUGGUGUGCAAUUAAAUGUAAAUACGAAGUAAUAUUACAAACACGUAACAGAUAGGCUAAAUAAUUUAGUAGAAUGCCAAUGGAGGAAAAAUACAAUCACAAUGGUAAAAUAAUUGAAAUCGUCUAAUUAUUUCUAGAUAUAUAUUUUUCAAGUAUUUGGCGUUGAAUAUUCUGUUUUUUUUUUCGUACAAAAUCGAAGUUUGGUAAAUGACUGUUUAAUUUAUGUUCGCUAAAAGCUCAUGCCGUCUCUGUCUAAUAUCGAAUAUUUGAAUCCCCUAUAUCUUUGGCGUUUUGAAGAUGUUAAGGUAGUUUCAUCUGCAUUUAUUAUAGGAUUUAUUUUAUGUAAACAAGAAAAUAGUAAACAUGUCGAAAAGCAAGGAAAUAUUAUUUUUUUAUAAGACAACAAAUUUUGUUUGUAGUUGAAAAUUGAAAUUAUAUUAUUCUAUAUGUAUAUAAGCUUAAUAAAAAUAUUUGAUCAUUUUUCGAUUCACUUGCAUUUUGCGUGAUAGUGAGGUACAAAAAUAUCGAUGGUUGAUGUUAGUAUCGAUAAUACGAAGUUUACUAUUAAUUUUAUAUAAGUCAUAUGUUAUACGAAUCUGAAUGUUUUAAGUUUUAAUUAUUGUUUAUCUGCUUUUAGGUUUAAAAUCAACGUAGUUACGAAGUAGCGUCGGAGGCUCUCUUAAAAGCCAUAUUAUAUAACGUUUUAUUAGAAAACGCAAUUGAUUUAAGUCCACGCAUAAAACCUAACAUUUGCAAUAUACAAAGUAAUAUAACGAAAAAUUUCCGGAAUAUGAAGUCUUCUACAUACCCUUUUUUAUUUAGGUAAUUAAAAUCUAUCGAUGUUUAUUUGGUUAGUUCACAACUUAUGUGAAUAAUUCGUUUACAAGAUUCAUUACUAGAUAACUGGUCUUUCCGGCGUUUGCCAAUUUUUAUAUCAUAAAAUCCGUUUGGAAACAUAAGCUAGAAAAUAAAAAACGAUAUUUUUUUGCGUUGAUUUAUGUCUACUGUUUUAUUAAAGAUGUGUAAAGUUUAGCUCAUUCUAAUCUAUAUAUUGGAUUUAUCUGAUUAUAUAAUGUACUGCACAUGCGUUUGUCAUCGCACACUUGAUAUGAUGUAGUCAAAUUGAAUGUUCAAAUGUGCGUUAAUGUUUAGGUUUUUUUAAUAAAAGUUAUUUUGCUACAGAA